AUGACGAGUCGUUUCUCAAUAAACGCUACGAUAGGUGAACUUAUUGAUAAUCUAUUCAUUGAGAAAUGGUCAACAGAGAUGAACUAUUCAUCUUAUUUUCAUGAAUGUUCUCCAUUGUAUUGUUCAUAUACUUAUAUUCAAAAAAAAAGCAGCUUUAUCUAUACAAUAACUAUCUUACUUGGUCUUCAAGGUGGUUUAUCAAUUGUUCUUACAUGGCUUUGUCCUAAAAUAGUUCGAAUUGCAUCUAAAGUAAAUGAUUAUCGAAAAAAACGAACAAAUAGUAUUCAUCCUAUCAAUUCUCUUGAAAUUACACCGAAUGUUACUCUUAGCACAACCAUACAUAAUCCUGCUUGUAAUUCAGAAUCAACACCAACGCAUAUAAUAUCUCAAACAAAUGUCACUACAUCAAUUCGUUGCUCUUGGAAGAUCCUCCUCGGAUGUCUACUACUGAUUUCGGUCAUAGUAGUUCUAACUAUUUUUUCAUUUUACGUCGCCCGACAAGCUCCACUUUGUAAGUUAAAUUUUCGACCAAUAUCAAUAAAUAUAUCGGCUGCUGCUUCCGGUGAUCUAAUGUUUGCUGUUGCUGAUUUCAACGAUGACAAUCGAGCUGAUAUUGCGUUUUUUUGUUACGAUGACAAAAGUUUAAAUAUACUGCUUAUAAAUAGUGACGAAACUUUUACAGUAGGAAAUAUUUUUAACAAAGGAAGUUUUCCAUCGAAGAGACAAAUGGAAGUUGGUGAUUUCAAUAAUGAUAAUCGAGUCGAUCUCUUAUUUACCAUUCACGAUGUAAACUAUGUAAACAUUCUAUUUGGAAACGGCAAUGCAACCUUUAGAGUCCGGAAUAUAACAUUAGGGACAACGAAAUGUAUGCCCGAUUACAUCGUUGCAGUCGACUUCAAUCAUGACAAUUAUUCAGAUAUUGCUGUCAUUAAUACUGAGAAUUCUAAUGUUUGUGUGUUUCUUGGAAAUGUUAACGAAACUUUUUCAUCGCAGCUGAUGUUUUCUACUGGAUAUAGAAGUGAGCCUAAAUCCCUGACUGUCAGUGACUUUAAUAGUGAUGGACACAUAGAUAUUGCUGUUACCAAUAAUAGAGCUCUGAAUGUUGGUAUAUUUCUUGGAUUCGGUAAUGGAACUUUUGAAGCACAGAAGCGAUCUUUUACUUUUAUUGGUUCUAAUCCGAGUCAUAUUGUAAGCGGUGAUUUUGAUAGUGAUGCUCGACUAGACACCGCUAUCUCUGAUCAUAACUCAAACAUAGUCAUUGUAUUGUCUAAAUAUAUAAAUGGAUUUUUCACCGUCAAGAAGAAGUUUAUCAUGAAAUCUAACGUCGUAGCACCUAUAGUUGUAGGUGAUUUUAACUGUGAUAAUCAUUUAGACAUUGCUACUACGGGUGAGCCAUAUGGUAUAGAUGUGCUACUUGGAUAUGGGGAAGGUUAUUUUGAGACGCAAAACAUACUAUUCGACAAAUUGGUUCGUUAUGGAGCUAUUAUUGGUGUUUAUGAUUUUAAUGAUGAUACUUAUCAGGACAUAAUCGUUGCAAAUCCUGAGUCUGGUUCUAUAGAUAUUCUUUUAAACAUCUGUGAAUGUAACGUACGUCGAAUUCCUAAAAGAAAAAUGUCAAAUUUCUCAUAA